AUGGAAUCUAGGGAGCGUUCUCACGACAUCGCGGCUCGUCGAUGGUUCUUGAAUCGCGCCGCUCUCUGUGUCUGCACUUUAAUCUGCAUCGCCGUUUUCCAGCCGCCAAUCGCAUCUGCGGCGCCUCCGGCCGGAACGCGUGCGGCGGCGGCGGCGGCGGCGGAUGCGGAAGUGGCGGCGGUAGAGGCGAGCUUCGGGUGGCACGGGGACCCAUUGGGGCAUUUGGACGGUAUCGAAGGAGCCGCGUUCGUCGCGCCGUGUUUGCCGUCGGGGCUGGCGGGAUUCAGCCACUCGGUGGUCCUGUCGGAGGCCGGUCUCAUCCUGCACUGGGUGCGCCGCAACCUGCUCUUUCUCGAGUUCGCGCUCGAGGCGCGCUUCGGAAGCGGCGCGGAGAACGGUUGGGUCGCAGUGGGAUGGUCGCACGACGGUCGCAUGGUCCCCAGCAUGGCCAUCGUCGGCUCGCCGGCCGGCACUGCCGCCCAGAACCCGGGCGGCAGGGGGAUUGGUUCGGGCGGCGGAGUGGGUGUUUUGGGCAAAGCGGCUGGCGUGGCGUCGUAUGCUAUUAGCGGGUAUAAGCGGGAUGAUGUGCGACUGCUGGUGGAAGGCGCGGGGAACGGGGGAGGAGGAGAGGUGGGGAGCGGUGGAGAGGGGUGGAGCAUUUACACGUCAGCACGGGGGUCGACUGUGAUGCGCUUCUCCCGAAGCCUCGUCUCAAACCCACCCAUCCUCAAUACAAGCACAACCGGUAUAAGCGCAGCAACGGAAGGGAGCCCUUCUAACGAGCCGACGUACAGCAUGAGCCACCACGUGAUCUGGGCGUACUCGGACAGACAGGAGGACGUGCUCCGAUACCAUGGGAAGAACAGAGGCUCCGCCUUUGUGGAUUACAUGUGCGACCUGCUCGCCUCACCUGCCCGCCAGUCCUGCCAGCCGUCGUCCCUGCCCGGCUACACCUGCAUGCUACAGCUAAACGGCGACAGCUUCAUCCUUCAUUGGCAUCUCACCCCCUCCUCCCUACUCCUCGCUGCUGACGUGGCAACCACUGGUUGGGUGGCCCUCGGCUGGUCCAAGGACGGCAAGAUGACCGGCAGCGAGGCAGCCAUCGGGAACCUGCCACGUGGCACCAGCAGGGCAGGCGGCGGUGCUGACGUGGCAACGGGGCAGAAGAAGGAGCAGGAGCAAGCGGUAGGAUCGUUCCUGAUUGGUGGUUACGAGAGGAGUGCCAUUCGUCCAGCUCCGAAGCCCACCUGCGCCCCCUCGCUGUCCGCCCUCCGCUGCCCUCCUCUAUCCACAUUGGUCACCACUACCAUUUCCACCCCUCCCCCUCACACCCCCCCCCAUCCCACCCCCUCACACUCCCCCAUUUUCCCCCACCUCACUUCCCUCCCCCAUUUCCCACCCUCACCCUUUUCCCCCCCAUCAUGCAGGUUCGAGCGGCCACUAGUGAACGGACAGCUGCCGCUUUCAUCUGCUGACGUGGCAACCAUCAUCUGGGCGUACUCCAACGAAGGUUCCAGGAAGCUCACCUUUCACGGAAACAACAGUCACGCCCACGCAGGGGUUGGCAUUGCUGUUCUCGUUCUCCUCCUCGUCUUCCAACCACUCGUCAUUUUCCUACGGCCACUCAGCAAUGGGAAUGGAAGCAUCGACCAAUCGCGCUUUGCCAUGUGGACAAGGAGCACGUGGCACUGGGUGCACUGGGCGGUUGGUAUUGUGGCGGUGGUGAUGGGAUGGGCGAGCAUAUUCCUCGGGAUGAACCUCUACUUCAGCUUCAUCGGAAGCGAUCCAUUUGGCCUCGAAGCAUUUCUAGGCAUCAUAAUGGCAUUGUUUGUCAUAGUGUACAUGCUCUUUGUAUGCCGCGACCAGCUUGAAAGCAGCAAACUAGAAAGGCCUCAGUACAGCGCAUAUGCUAGCCGGGCAUAA